GAUUUGAAUGUGAUGGCGGGUAAAGUGGUGGCGCGAGAGGGGAUCACCCUGAAGGGCAGCGCGAGUAUCGUGUCCGAGUUCUUCAGUUAUGGGAUCAACAGCAUCUUGUACCAACGUGGAAUCUAUCCACCAGAGUCUUUCACACGAGAACAGAAAUAUGGGCUUACAAUGCUUGUUACAACUGAUCCUGUCCUUAACAACUAUUUAAAGAACGUUGUUGGCCAGCUUAAAGAUUGGUUGUGUAGCCAUUUUGUUCAAAGGCUUGUGGUGGUUAUCAACAGCAUUGAAACUAAUGAAGUGCUGGAAAGAUGGCAGUUUGACAUUGAGUGUGACAAAACCAUGACUGAAAACAGCCAGCCGAGAGAGAAAUCUGAAAAAGCGAUUCAAGAUGAAAUCCGGUCCGUCAUUAGACAGAUCACUGCCACAGUGACUUUCUUGCCUUUGCUAGAUGCUGCAUGUUCUUUUGAUCUUCUAAUAUACACAGACAAAGACCUGGAGGUGCCAGAAAAGUGGGAAGAAUCAGGGCCACAAUUUAUUAACAACUCUGAAGAGGUUCGCCUGAGAUCUUUCACUACGACCAUACACAAAGUGAAUAGUAUGGUUGCAUACAAAAAAAUUGAAUCUUUUUAGUGGGCAGCAAUGUACAGAACUGUACAUAAACUCUUUUUGUACAAAUGUAUUUCACUGCCACUUUGUGCACCCUUAAAACAGUAAAGUGUCUAGAUUUUAUUUGUACUGUACUUUUUACAUAUGUAAAGCUGCAGCUUUCCCAUGGUUGAAGAAUGUUCUUUUUAACUUUUGCUUUCCUUGGUGUAUAAUUCAAAAAAUGUUUCAACAGAAUGUUGAGAUUUUAGCAUUUAAAUCAGAAAUUUAGUUUGAAUUGACAUAGGUUGUUGACUUUUUAAAAAUGUGAAUAAAAUUGCUGUGACAAUGUC